AGCUCCCUGUUCCUUAGCCUCUGGAGGAACAGGCCUUCCGCCCUUGGGAGACUAGAUUUGGUUCUGCUCAUUUGCUAGGCUCCCCUUCUCCCUUUUUAUUUGGUCAACAUGAAUUUCUCCGAGGUAUUUAAACUCUCCAGUCAGUUGUGCAGAUUCUCUCCGGAUGGAAAAUGCUUGGCCUCAGGUGUCCAGUAUCGUUUGGUGGUUCGUGAUGUAAACACUCUCCAAAUUCUGCAGCUCUUCACCUGCCUAGACCAAAUCCAGCACAUUGAGUGGUCUUCAGAUUCUCUUUUUAUAUUAUGUGCAAUGUACAAGCGUGGAAUUGUGCAGGUCUGGUCCUUGGAACAGCCUGACUGGCACUGCAAGAUCGAUGAAGGCUCAGCGGGACUAGUGGCUUCUUGCUGGAGUCCGGAUGGCCGUCACAUUCUCAAUACUACAGAGUUCCACCUGCGGAUAACUGUCUGGUCCUUGUGUACAAAAUCUGUGUCUUAUAUCAAGUAUCCCAAGGCCUGUCAGCAGGGAAUAGCAUUCACAAAGGAUGGCCGGUACAUGGCCUUGGCAGAGAGGAGGGACUGCAAAGACUACAUCAGCCUCUUUGUAUGCAGCGAUUGGCAGCUUCUGAGGCAUUUUGAUACUGAAACACAGGACCUGGCUGGGACAGAAUGGGCCCCGAAUGGCUGCGUGUUGGCAGUGUGGGACAGCUGCCUGGAGUAUAAAGUUUUGCUGUACUCCCUCGACGGGCGUCUGCUGUCCACAUACUGUGCUUAUGAAUGGUCACUAGGCAUUAAAUCUAUCGCCUGGAGCCCCAGCAGCCAGUUCUUGGCAAUCGGCAGCUAUGAUGAAAAGGUGCGCAUUCUGAACCAUGUGACUUGGAAGAAAAUUACAGAAUUUGAGCAUCCUGCAAACAUUGCUAGCCCAAAGAUAAUUGUCUAUAAGGAGGUGGAGAAAUCGCCAGCAGUGGAAGUGGAGAAACUUGCCUUCCCCCCUACCAAGAAAAUGGCAAGCUCUCUCUUUAGCACAAAGAGCAAAUAUGAAAUUGCCCAGGUCCCAGUUUCUUUGCAUCAUGUCAAACCUGCGGUGGACCGGGCAAAUCCUAGAAUUGGAGUUGGAAUGUUAGCUUUUAGCUCAGAUAACUGCUUCCUGGCGACCAGAAAUGAUAAUAUUCCUAAUGCUCUUUGGAUCUGGGAUGUCCAAAAGAUGAAGCUGUUUGUGAUCCUGGAGCAGCUGUGCCCAAUCCAGCUUUUCCAGUGGGAUCCCCGUCAGUCCCGGCUUGCCAUUUGUACUGGGAACAGCAGAGUGUACCUCUGGUCCCCAGCAGGAUGCGUGUCUGUACAGGUACCAGUGGAAGGUGACUUCCAGGUAACUUCUCUGUGCUGGCACUCCAGUGGGGACUCUUUGGCUCUCCUGAGUAAGGACAAUUUUUGUAUGUGUUACUUAGAAAAAGAAGAGGAAGAUGUGAAAUAGCUACACCCAAAGCUAAGCUGGGUUAAAAUGGAAGCCUGGUUUUGUGUACUGGUUCUCCAGCAUUGCAAGUGGAGGGGGAGGGUAGAGAGAAACUGCUGCUGGGCUUAGUCUGUAUAUAGAUGUGUGGAAGCUUGUAUUUGCCCUUGAUGCACUUUAAACAGCUGAGCAGUAUAAAAUGUUAUGAAAUAGUGAGGAAACAGGUGUUUUCGCUUUAAACUUAUAGAUCCCUUUACAACAUAAUGUAUAUCUUAGUGUGUAAACUACUUAGUUUAUUUUGAAAAUAAAACAAAACAUUUUUGUUACAUAAUGCAUUAUUAAAACAUGGCUACAAG